AUGGCUGGGGAGAAUGGUACCCCAGUGACUGAGUUUAUUCUUGUGGGAUUCACAGAUCAUCCAGCACUGCAAGUGCCCCUCUUCAUGGUGUUCCUGGUGAUCUAUAUUAUCACCCUGGUGGGGAAUCUUGGGAUGAUGUUGUUAAUCAGGAGUGAUCCCCAACUUCACACCCCCAUGUACCACUUCCCAUCCCAUUUGUCUGUUGUCGAUAUCUGCUAUUCAUCUGUUGUCACCCCAAAGAUGCUGGCGAACUUCUUAGCACAGAGCAAAGCCAUUUCCUAUUCUGGGUGUUUGGUUCAACUGUAUUUUUUUAUUAUCUGGCUCAGCACUGAGUGCCUGCUUCUGGCUGUGAUGGCGUAUGACCGCUAUGUGGCUAUCUGCAAACCACUGCUUUACUCAGCAGUUAUGUCCCAUAAAGUCUGUGUCCCAUUGGUGGCUAGCUCCUAUUUCACUAGUUUCAUGAGUGCUAUGAUUACUGCAUGUUUAAUUAGCAGGUUACACUGUGGCUCCAACAUCAUCAACCAUUUUUUCUGUGACACCCCUCCACUGCUAGCUCUGUCAUCCUCUGAUAGCUCCAUCGCUGAAAAUACCAUUUCUAUUUUAGCUGGUUUCACCAGUGUCAGCUCCCUCCUGAUAAUCCUCUUCUCUUACCUGUACAUCCUGGCUGUCAUCCUGAGGAUCCACUCUGCCAAGGGCAGGCACAAAGCCUUCAACACUUGUGCCUCCCACCUGAGGGCCGUCACCAUGUUUUAUGUGACUCUGAUCUUUACAUACUUACGCCCCAACACCAGCUACUCACUGGGCCAAGACCAGGUGGCCUCAGUGUUCUACACAGUGGUGAUCCCCAUGCUGAACCCCCUGAUCUACAGCCUGAGGAACAAGGAGGUGAAGGAUGCUCUGAGGAGAUCACUGGGGAGGGGUAGUGUUUUGAAGAUGAAUGCGUUUAUUAAAAUGACUAGAAAAGAAUAA